AACGCGUCGGCGGGUCAUUCGGACCAACGCGUAGAACGGAACACUUCCCUAAAUUAACUGGCAACUGCCACAGUGAAGGUGCCGACAAAGGACUUUCCUCCUGCGUUCUACAAUCCAAUGACCUCAUGAUCUUUUGUACUUAUUUGUGGUUCGAAAAAGGUUCAAAGUAGUUUGCAAACGUCCGAAGGGAUUUUAGAACGUUAGUUGUGGUUUAUAAGACGUGCAGUAGGGUUGGAAAGACCUUUAAUUUAGAGGAAAAAUGGCAUACGUUACCUGUGCUUGUGCCAUAAAACGUUAUUCGCAGUCAAACCACAUUUUUCCCGUUCCUUUAAGUCCGUGCAGUUCCCCACUCUCCCUAAUCGGCGAUAAUGUUGUCGAAGUCACCUGGCAAGCGCAGAUUCUACUUAUUUGAUCGCUGCUCUGGGGGCAUACUGAACCUUAGGUUUGAUUCUGAUCUCCUGGAAUCAUUCUACUCGGAGUGCUCUUUCCCACGAGCAAAGGGAAGAUUUCGCUUUGGUAUCACUUUCAUUGCCAUGGAGUGUGUCGUCUGGAUGUUGUUCUUCGGCAUCACACGACCUCCUCAAUGGAUUUUCUUUCUACUGGGUCUUGCCUGCGAGCUUCUGAUAUCUGUUGCUUCGUUGGGCUCCAGCUUUGUCAGAGAGUUUUUCAAAAAACAUUAUUUGUGGAUAAGCGGGCUCUAUUCCUGCCUCUGCGUUCUUCUAGCACUUCUACCCUUUGCGGUGGAUCAACCUCCUGCUUCUCUGGCAUUUAACUUAAGCUCUUCCAUACAGUUGAUUAUCCUUAUUUACACCAUGAUACCUCUGCGCUUGUGGCAACUUUAUCUCAUCUGUGGACCUCUCAGUUUGAUUCAGCUGACACUUGCCAGUAUUCGUUACGGAUAUAUUGGAGCAUCCAACAUUCUCGUCCAUGUUGUUGCGCACGUGAUUGUCCACAUCAUCGGAUUUAUCCUUUACCUGAUGUCUCAAGUUUGGCGUCGUUCGACCUUCCUUCGUUUGGGAUACAGCGCUUUGAUGCGAAAGGAGUUGAAAAAGGAAAAGGAACUGAGGGAUGAUAUGAUUCGAUCUCUCAUGCCCAAUGAAGUCGCACAAGAGGUUAUGCGAGACGUUGGCCAUGACUCAGGUGCUCAGGAAGUAGACACCGAUGCGGUUGGCUCAACGAGGAAGCCUAAGAAGAAUAAGAAGCACAGGCGGAAAUCCUUCCAGACGACUUCUUCUAAUGCCAUGCAAAACACCAGCGAUUCUGGUGAUGUUGUGGGCUUCUCGGACGUGUUUUACGAUGACGAAGAUGAAAUGGAGGAUAUGAAGCCCUGUGUGGUUAACAAUGCAGAUGUCACUGAACAGGGUGUGGAGGCCAAUGCUGUAGAUGCUGUAACCAGCUCCCCGCGAGGCAGUAUGAUACCAAAGACAGGCGUCGUACCUCCGCAGGCAGUUGCCUUCCGCAAAUUUCACGUCAGCCAACUGGAAAACGUCAGUGUUCUGUUCGCUGAUAUCGUUGGCUUUACUAAAAUGAGUUCCAAUAAGUCCGCUUCACAUCUGGUCUAUUUACUCAACGAUUUGUUUGGCAGAUUCGAUCGUCUCUGUGAACUAACAGGCUGUGAAAAGAUCGCAACAUUAGGCGAUUGUUAUUACUGUGUAGCCGGAUGCCCUAAUUCUGUGGCCGAUCAUGCCGAACGGGCAGUUGAAAUGGGACGCGCAAUGUGUUUGGCCAUUCAGCAGUUCGAUGAGGAUCACAAAGAGGAGGUUAACAUGCGUGUAGGUGUACACACCGGGAAAGUUAUAUGCGGUUUGGUGGGUACCAGGCGCUUUAAGUUCGACGUGUGGUCAAAUGAUGUUACUCUUGCGAAUGAAAUGGAGUCCACUGGACAAGCGGGGAGGGUCCAUAUCUCUGAAGCCACUUACAGCUUUGUAAAGGAUAUUUAUGAAGUGACUGAAGGUGAAGCGGUUCAUGACAUUCGCAAAUUUAAAGUAUUGGUGGAGUUCUUCAAUAAGGAAGAGCAGUGUUUCGCCAUUAAGCACACUCAAGAUGAAUCAAUGAUCAAGACCUAUUUUGUUGAACGUCGUUUCGAUGGUAAACCAGUUUGUUCUGCACCCCAUGGUCUUCCAUUGGAGUCAGGUGUCAUUUCCGUUGAUACUUCACCGGAGACGGAGAUCGCCUGCGUUCCGACACACCCACUUAUCAGCAGCUAUGGAAUUUCCAACAAAGCAGAGGAAAACAAGGAAGCCAGAUUAUCAAAUGCUGCAUCCACAGUUCUUCAGGAACAUCGUGUGUCUCUGGACCAGAAAACUACCAACGUGCAGCCACCUGGACGGGGUUCCGAUGCACAAAUGCUAGAUGCAUUGAAAGGCCUAGCCAAAGUGGAGGAUGUGUUCUCAUUUCCCCCUAUCUCUCGUUUCACACUCAAUUUCUUUGUUCAUAAGGUUGAAUCUCACUAUCGGCGCUUAGGACUUGGACGUCCUAAGGGCAAAGCGAUCAACAGGUUAUCUUGGUCCACUCCACGCAUAGCUCCACUCAUCAAUGGUGCUGUGCAGCUCAUUAUCUUCACAACUGUUCUGAUCACAUGCGUUAUCGUGUUCCCCGGUUCACAGUUAGCUCCUUACCCGUCAAUUUUCUAUGCUGUGGCAUCGGUCGCAGCACUUCUUCACCUUUUGUUUAUGCUACUUCUGUUUGUUGAUUUGGCUGCAUGGAGUUGCCGCCGAUCAGACGUUCCUCAUACUUCCAAUCACAGGGCUUGCAACUGGCGCCGAUGUGCUCUUCGGACCUACGCGUUUUUCUUUAAAUGGCCAUUAAGAAACGUCAUGGGUGCGGUGCUGUUGAUCUUGCCCACCACUGUCGUUUUGUCCAAUUUCUCCCCUUCAUUUUUCUCCGAUUUUGACGCUUAUCCUGACUGGUUUGUAGCUCACUAUCGCCUUCUGAAUGGAUUGUUGUUCACCUUCAUGUUGUUCAACUUCACUCUCUUUGUCUCUUUUUCGUUUUGGACAAAAUCUCUUUCCACACUUGUUGGCUGUGCGGUUACCGUCACAUUGAUCUAUAUCCAAGUGCAACACUCACCGGGUGUAGGCGCAAGAUAUGGUCCAGCCUGGAAAUCUGUCCCUUCCUUGACUCCCACUCCUUGGAUGAAAUCCGUGCUCCAUUCUAGUUUUGUUGCUGAGCUGACGGUGAUUUUGUUCCUUACGUUACUCCUCAUUUCCGCACUGAAUCGCGAAUUCGACAUUAGCUUCCGACUAAGUUUUCAUCGCGACUACGAAGCAUUAGAGGCCAAGCGGGCCAUCGCUCACCAAAAAGUGCAAGCCGACUGGUUACUAGAAAACAUCAUCCCAUAUUAUAUCAUGGAUGAUUUGCGUCAGACGAGUAAGUAUUCCAAACACAUCGAUGAUGCGGCUGUUGUGUUCGCGACGAUUUCCAACUUUGCUGAAUUCUACGACGAACAGUAUCAAGGUGGUCAAGAAAUGCUCCGCGUUCUAAACGAAAUUUUUGCUGACUUUGAGCACUUAUUGGCUGCUACGAAGUACAAGGAUGUAGAGAAGAUCAAGACUAUUGGCGCUUGCUUCAUGGCAGCCUCCGGAUUGAAUUUGUCCCAACGGCAGCGUAAUGAGUUACCUGAUUCACAUUUAUUAGCGCUGAUGGAUUUUGCUCUUGAUCUCGUUCACAUUUUGGACGACUUUAAUCGUCAGAUGUUCAACUUUCAAUUCGAAAUGAAGGUUGGUUACAACAUCGGCGAGGUCACUGCUGGUGUUAUUGGCACCACGAAGUUACUUUAUGACAUUUGGGGUGAUACUGUUAACGUUGCAAGCCGGAUGUACUCCACAGGACAGAAGGGACGGAUUCAGGUCACCGAGGCAGUAGCCAAACGUUUAGAGUCUCAUUACGUUUUUGAUUAUCGCGGCGAAGUUUUUGUCAAAGGUAAAGGCAAUAUGAAGACGUACCUGUUGUCCCAUCGCCGUUCCGUUCAAACUUCAAGCUAGGUUAUUUUUGUAAACAUCACGAUACGUUUGGCGCAUCUUUCUCCUUCCUAUAUAUCCUCUUUGUGAUUACAGAGAUUUGCAUUCAUUUUUUUGACCGCCGUCAUCUCUUGUUUUUUCUUUCAAGCUUUCUGUGCCAGACUAGGAUCUAAUUUCCCCAGCUUACUUUAGCGCGAUCUCACCCACUUCCCAUGUCACAUUUGGAAUCAAGCGGCCAUUGGUCUUUCUUCUUACCAACAUCUGGUUUUGUGAUCAUGAUACAAUUGCUGUUUUUGCCUUGCAGUUUAGUGGGCCAUCGGUGAAAGCCGCGAUUCCGUCUCGCAAAUUUCCCCAUCUAUGCAUUUGUUUUAUCUCCUUCAAACUUGGGAAAACUACCUUGUCAUGUCGCCUCUGAUAGCCAUUACCAUUGUUAUCGCUGAUGCUACGAUCAUCACAACAGUGGAUCUUUUUUCAAUUUUCUUAUAGCCUCAUUCUUGUUAUUUUCGCAGUAGUUAAUUUUUAUAUUUACCAUUGGAUUCAGUUUGAUGUUACUUUAGUCUUCACAAUCUAGUUCGCAUAUUUCCAUACAUUCUACUUAGCGUCUCCCAACACGUGUAUUGCAUCUGCGUUACAUCUGCCAUCGGUAAUCUUCUUCGGUGGAAUUGACAUCUUAUUGGUGCAUUGAGUUCCACGCACAAUAAUUUGAAUCAACGUGUUGCUUUCCAGUGACGUUCUGCGCCAGUCCCCACUGCCUCACACAGAAAAUGUUGUAAUCACUCGUGCUACUGCUUAAGUCCUCAGUAGCUUUUAUUUGGUCUUCACAGGUGCCAAUCUGUGGCGGCAUACUAGCUUGAGCGAUUUACGUG